AUGCGCCGACUCAAUCUGGUUCUUCUAGCAUCGUCGCAGCUUUGCCAUGCUCGGCAGCCCGGUUUCAGCAUCCACGAUGAUGUAUUAGCAUAUCCCCAAUUCGAGGUCGUCUUUUCGGACAAGUUCAUUUCAGAAUCCGACGCCCUCGCCAUCCUCGAGUCAUCCCGCGCUGGUCAUCCAACUCAAUCGACCGAUUUCUCGUCUCAGACCGACCUGACCAGCAAGGUGCGCGAAUCCGCACCCGCCGAGACAACCACCAAGACAGGGACCGGAGAUGACACCGCCGACGAGGACGCGCCAGUGUCGGAAACAUACGAACUCAUCAACAGCGCGCCAUGGCGCUACCUGUGCUCGGUGCCCGUCAUCGCCCCGCCGCCCGUGCUGAACCGGACGGCGACCGAGCUCGCCAAGGCCGAAGAGGCGCGCGAGCUGAGUAGGGCUAUGGCCAAGGGCUGGGAGCUGAUGAGCGGGCUCGACGGGCACUGCCUGUACUACAUGUCCGGCUGGUGGAGCUACAGCUUCUGCUACGGCAAGGGCGUCGUCCAGUUCCACGCCGUGCCCAACGGCAACAAGGGAGGGCCCCCGGUCAGGGACGAGAACAGCCAGGAGUAUGUGCUUGGCAGGGUGCCGGAGCUGUCGAGUAACCGAGACACGGGUGCCGGCGCGGACACGGACGGCGAGACCAAGAGCAUCGCGCCGCCGAAUGCGCAGCUCCAGGUCAAGGGCGACCAGCGAUACCUGAUGCAGCGCCUCGAGGACGGCACCAUCUGCGACCUGACGGGACGGCCGCGCACGAUUGAAAUACAGUACCACUGCAAGCCCGGGGCCACGGGCGACAGGAUCGGCUGGAUCAAGGAGGUCACCACGUGCACAUAUCUCAUGGUGGUGAACACGCCCCGUCUGUGUGCCGACGUGGCGUUCCAGCCGCCCAAGGAGACGCGGGCGCAUCCGAUCCGGUGCCGGCAGAUUGUCGGCAACGAGGAGGAGGAGUCGGCCUGGCGCUACCAGAAGCGGGUCGAGGCGGGCGAGCUGUUCGGAGUUGCCGGCACCCAAAAAGCCAAGGUCAAGGAGGCGGCCAAGAACCAGUUCACGGGCAUGACCAUUGGCGGGGUUGUGGUCGGCGGCAAGAAGGUGCUUGGCGGCGCCACGGAAGAUGGGAAACCCGCGCCCAGGCUGGUCGCUCCGAGACAGGCUAUGGGCAAACCUGCCGUCGUGCAGAUACAGUCCGACAAUAGCAAGCAGGAUGGGGCUGGGGCUGGGGCUAAGGCGGAUGUGGACUUCAGCGAUGAAGAGCUGGUCAAGCUCGGGGUUGAUCCGAAAAAAAUUGAGGAACUGCGGAAGGAACUGCAGCAGCUUGCUGGUGAUAGGGGAUGGAGGGUUGAGGUGGUGGAGAUCCCCGGAGGGUACGAGGUUGUGGGCUCGUUUGACGAUGACGAGGUGGGUGAGGAGGGGGGAGGCACAACGGAUCAAGAUGUGCCUAAGGGCAGAAAGGGGGAUAAAAAUGCUGGCAGCGGCAAGGCGGGUGAUGCGGAAGAGGAGGAGGAAGGCUCGCAAGAGGUUUUCUUCAAGGAGGAGCUGUAG